AUGCCUCGACCGGCCAGGCGCAACCAAGCUGCGCCUGCUACCACCCAGUCCAUCAGCAGCUUCACUCGAAUCUCCAAAGGUCGCCUUGGCGAUGCCACCGGCAAGAAUGCCAUCGCCGAUACCAAGUCAACCACAGUCACAAGGAAACGAAAGGCGGCCGUCGAAGAGGAUCCUCACCCCAAAGCCACAUCGCGGACAUUUUCAUUUCCUCCCAGCAGCGAUGAUGAGCUUUCCGGGCCCAAGAAACGCGCUUGUCGGCGCCAGGAGCCCGUCAUCAACUCGCCCGCCAAGAGUGUCACCGUUGCCAAGGGCAAGCGAGUAGCAAGGACGACACCUUCGAGAGCUGAAGCUGCUCACAAGCCAAUCAACUCAACCAUUAUUUCCAAGACGAGGUUGCAAGGGAAGACGGUGCAGACAAAGCUCGACGGCGUCUUCAAGAAGUUGAGCAAACCCGGAAAUGGCCUUCCUCCCCAUCUGGCCGAGAUGGUCGACCUUCACAGAGCCUUCGUCAAGACCAUUAUGAUCCAAUUCGCUCACAAUGGAAGCAAUUCGCCAAUCGAUGUUCGGACUGUUGCUCCUCACAUCGCACAGGCAUGGGGCAAGAGACAAGUCACGAUGGAGGACAUCCGGCGAUGUAUCGCCAUUGAGACUUCGGCACAGAACAACACUGUGUCGCCAUUCAUUAUUUCCGACUAUGGUCGCAACAAGAUCUGCAUCGAACUCGCCUCUCACGACAACAACCCGAUUAAUGAAGAGCGACUGCUCAAGCAGUUUGAGGCGAACCUUCGAUCACUGUGCACCGAGCGAUCCGCUGACGACAUGGAUGUCGACCUUCCACUGGACAGCCUUUCGCUCAACGAUCUUCCUCAGGUGGCCAUCACGAAUAUGGACACUGGAGCCAGGGCAAACCCUCUCCUGAGCAAGGGACAACGCGCGCUGUCAGAGCUCAAGAGCGGCAUCGCCACCAAGCAGCAGGAAAAGGAGGCCAAACAAGCUGCGGUUACCAACAACCCCCUUCUUAACCCUGAUGGUACUAAGAUGAGCCUUCUCGACCGACUUCGACUGAAGCAGCUCGCCAAGGCUAAUGAGCCACUACCGCCUUCUGGCCCUGAGCUUCAGCGACGCGCAGCUCUCAACCGCGUCGUAGAUGUAGCGGCCACCAUCUCUAUGCUCAGCCUCUCGAACCCCAUGUCCCUGCCACGUCAGGCUUUUACAAUGGCUGUUAUUCUUGAGAAGCUGAAGGACUCGCUUCGCAUGCCUGUGUCUAGGGAGGAGGGUGCGGCUUGUGUCCGGCUCAUCGCUAGCGAGGUGGCUCCCGAGUGGCUCCGCAUUGUCACUAUUGGAGGCAGGGAGAACGUUGUGGUGCAACGGCAUAGCCAACCAGUCGAUCGAGUCAUUCAGGAACGGGUGCAGAAGCUACUGGGUUGA